AUCCCGUACAGCCAGUGUGCGGAUGUGAUGUGGGCCCUGGGCCAGAACCCUAUCAAUGCUGAGGUGCUCGAGGUUCUGGGGAACCCUAAGAGUAAGGAGAUAGAUGUGAAGAUGUUGGACUUUGAGCACUUUCUGCCCAUGCUGCAGACUGUGGCCAAGAACAAGGACCAAGGCACCCAGGAGGAGUAUGUUGAAGGCUUUCGGGUAUUUGACAAGGAAGGCAAUGGCAUAGUCAUGGGUGCUGAAAUCCAGCAUGUUCUUGUCACACUGGGUGAGAAAAUGACAGAGGAAGAAGUUGAGAUGCUGGUGGCAGGGCAUGAGGACAGUAAUGGUUGUAUCAACUAUGAGUGGCUUGUCCAUAUGGUGGUGAAUGGCUGAGGACCAUCCCAAC